AUGUCCGCCCGCCAGGCCUCCUCAGCCUCGCAAACCCCGCACCUCUCCCCCGCUGAACUCUCCUACAUCUACACGUCGCUUUCCCUCCCCAACACUCCCAUCCGCCCCGACGGCCGCUCAUCAACCCAAUUCCGCCCUCUAACUGCCGAAACCGACAUUCUCCCGGGGACGAACGGUAGCGCGCGCAUCGGUUUCGCAGACGGGACGCAGGCGAUUGUCGGCGUGAAGGCGGAGGUCGAGAAGACGGUUGUUGCGGCCGAUGCGUUGGAUUUGAGGAGUAUUUCGAGACAGGCGCAAGGGGAGAGUUUGGCGCGUGAGAGUAGUGAGGAAAAGGAGAGUGGUGGUGCCGGGGAGGAUGGGACUGCUACUGGGCAGGGGUCGUGGGUGCAGAUGUCGAUUGAGAUUCCGGGGUUUAGGGAUGAUGAUGCGUUGCCGGUUUUUCUGGCGGAGAUGAUGAGGGAGCCGCUUGUGGGGAGUGUUUCUGGUGGAAGUGGGAAAGGUGAGGACGGUGAGAUGGCGGGUGGGUUGAAGGGGAGGUUGGUGAUUAAUCGUCGGUGGCAUUGGAGGUUGUAUAUUGAUGUCCUUCUUCUCUCACAACCGCUGUCAUAUCCCCUUCCGCUGCUCUCCCUCACAACACACCUAGCCCUCCUGUCAACAAAACUCCCCAAACUCAAAUCCCAAGGCGAAGAAGAUCCCUUCUUUGACGACGACUGGGCCGCCGCCGAAUACCUCUACCCCCGCACACGCACCGCAAUUAACACCCCCAAACCGCCCUCCCAAAAUGUCCGCCCCCCAAUCACCCUCCUCGUCCUCUCUGCCGGCGAAAACAUCAUCUUCGACCCGAGCCGCGAAGAAAUUGCCGUCGCAGACUCCGUCCUCGCGGUAUCCGUCACCCGCGAUUCCGAAUUCGGUGGCCUGAAAUUGCUCUCUAUCCGUACCGUUGACCCGCCGUCGAGACUGACGCAACCUGGUGUUGCGAAUUCGGACAAUGUGACUACGUUGGGAUCUACUGGGGCUGCUGAGGAGGCGAGUUUGCAGCAUCCGAGUGUUGGGGGGGAGGAGGAGAUGCCAGGGGUCUGGAGGCCGAGACGUGGUGGUGUUAAGAGGGGCGUUAUUGCGAGGAUUGUGAAGAUGGUGCUUAAGAAGGGGGGUGUGGGGGAGGAGGUUUUGGAGGGAUUGGAGGGGGUUGAGGUGGGAUGA